UCAUAUAGUGAACGAACUAUUUUAACAACCUGUCUGUCAGCUGUCGUCACUCUAUCAUUCAUCUGUCAUUCUUUCUUUUGCGGCACAGCUGUCGACUUGUGUUUCUUUAGAAACACAUACGUUUUUAAUUCAUCAACAGUACCUGCCAGUAAAUAUUACCAUGAAGCCACCAUACAAAAUCGCUGAUGAAAAAUUGGCAGAGCUUGGCCGUAAUGAAAUCAUGAUGGCAGAAAAAGAAAUGCCUGGUCUGAUGGCGUGCCGUCGCAAAUAUGCACCAAGCAAAAUUCUAAAGGGAGCUAGAAUAGCCGGUAGCUUGCACAUGACUGUCCAAACAGCAGUCCUCAUUGAAACACUAAUAGAACUGGGUGCUGAAGUUCAAUGGUCAAGCAGUAACAUAUACAGCACUCAAGACGAAGCUGCAGCGGCCUUGGUAGCGGUAGGAAUUCCCAUUUAUGCCUGGAAGGGCGAAACUGAAGAGGAAUACAUUUGGUGCAUUGAGCAGACUUUAAUGUUUUCUGAUGGAAGACCACUCAACAUGAUUCUGGAUGAUGGAGGAGAUCUGACUAAUCUUGUACAUAAGAAAUACCCACAACUGUUGGAAGGUAUCAAAGGCCUAUCUGAAGAAACCACUACAGGUGUACACAAUCUUUAUAAAAUGUUUAAAGAAGGAACAUUGAAAGUUCCAGCAAUCAAUGUCAAUGAUGCCGUAACGAAAAGCAAAUUUGACAAUUUAUAUGGAUGUAGGGAGUCUCUACUUGAUGGUAUAAAGAGGGCUACAGACAUAAUGAUAGCAGGAAAAGUCUGCGUCGUUGCUGGUUAUGGCGACGUAGGCAAGGGCUGUGCUCAGGCAUUCAAAGGAUUCGGCGGGAGAGUGAUCGUCACCGAAAUAGAUCCCAUUAACGCUUUGCAAGCAGCAAUGGAGGGAUUCCAAGUUACAACCAUGGAAGAAGCAGCUGAAAUUGGACAAAUAUUUGUUACAACAACUGGAAACAUUGACAUUAUUUGCAAGGAGCACUUAUUGAGAAUGCAAGAUGAUGUUAUUGUUUGUAACAUUGGUCACUUUGAUUGUGAAAUUGAUGUGGCUUGGUUGGACAAGAAUGCGAAAAAAGUUAAUCUCAAGCCUCAAGUAGACCGUUAUGAACUCGAAAAUGGCAAGCACAUUAUUGUUCUGGCUGCUGGUAGGCUUGUAAACUUGGGUUGCGCUACCGGCCACUCAUCCUUCGUUAUGUCCAACUCCUUCACCAACCAAGUCCUUGCCCAGAUUGAGCUUUGGACGCGACACAAUGCAUACCCAGUUGGUGUUCACACAUUGCCCAAGAAAUUAGAUGAAGAGGUUGCAGCUUUACAUCUGGACCAUCUUGGUGUUAAAUUAACCAAACUUACACCCAAGCAAGCUAAAUACAUCGGCGUUCCUGUGGAAGGACCAUACAAGCCUGAUCACUAUAGAUAUUAAUCGAAAGAAUUUUCAGUUUGUUGAUGCAUCAAAAACAAACAUACCAAAAAAGUGCUAUCUUUAUGUAACUAAAUUUUCUACAUUAUUUAUGUGGAUUAAGUAAAAGCAUAUUUGCCUUUCUCAA